AUGGAUCCAAACGAUACCUACCAGACGCCGCUCUCAAGUCGCUAUGCAAGCAAGGAAAUGGCGCACCUGUUCUCCGCGGCUAACCGUUUCCAUACGUGGAGGAAACUGUGGCUCAGCCUCGCUGUCGCAGAGAAGGAGCUCGGUCUCCCGAUACCAGACGAAGCCAUCGAGCAGAUGAAGGCGAACCUCCAUUUGGACGCGCAACAGUUCGAGAUUGCGGCCGCCGAGGAGAAGAAGAGACGUCAUGAUGUUAUGGCGCACGUUCACACUUUUGGUCAGGUCGCGCCUGCCGCGGCGGGGAUCAUCCAUCUCGGCGCGACCUCGUGUUAUGUGACCGACAACGCCGACCUCAUCUUCCUCCGCGAGGCGCUCACCUUCCUCUUGCAAAAGCUCGCCGUCGUCAUCCAGCGCUUCUCCAAGUUCGCUGAAGAAUAUCGCGCCCUACCUACACUCGGUUUUACCCACUUCCAACCUGCGCAACUCACCACGGUCGGCAAGCGCGCCACGCUCUGGAUCCAGGAGCUUCUUUGGGAUCUUCGCAACAUCAAGCGCGCUCGCGAUGAUCUUGGCUUCCGAGGCGUCAAGGGCACCACUGGCACGCAAGCUAGCUUCCUUGCGCUCUUUGACGGAGAUCAUGAAAAGGUGGAGGAACUCGACCGACGCGUGACCGCUCUCUCCGGUUUCACGUACGCGUACCCUGUCACUUCGCAGACGUAUUCGCGCAAGAUCGACAUCGACGUCCUCGCCCCUCUUGCCUCCCUCGGCGCGACCGCGCACAAGCUCGCGACGGAUCUCCGCCUCCUCGCGAACCUGAAGGAGAUCGAAGAACCAUUCGAGUCGACGCAGAUCGGUUCCUCCGCGAUGGCGUACAAACGCAACCCGAUGCGCUCCGAGCGUGUCUGCUCGCUCGCGCGUCACCUCAUGGUCCUCCAGCAGAACGCGCUCGGAACGGCGAGCGUGCAGUGGCUCGAACGCACGCUGGACGACAGCGCGAACCGUCGCGUGUCGCUCCCCGAGGCGUUCCUCACCGCGGACAUUGUGCUCACGACACUCCAGAACGUGUCCGAGGGCCUGGUCGUGUACCCGAAAGUUAUCGCACGCCGGAUCGCGCAGGAGCUGCCGUUCAUGGCGACGGAGAACAUUAUCAUGGCCAUCGUCAAGGCGGGCGGCGACCGCCAGGAAGCGCACGAGAAGAUUCGGGUUCUCUCGCACGAGGCCGCGCACCAGGUGAAGCAACUCGGACUCGACAACGACCUGAUCGAGCGCGUGCGCGCGGACGCGUACUUCGACCCAAUCAAGGGGCAGCUCGACGCGCUUCUCGACCCGUCGACGUUCAUUGGGCGCGCACCCGAACAGGUCGACAAGUUCCUCAAGGAGUGGGUCACGCCCGCGCUUGAGGACGCUGAGCUAAAGCAGGCACUCGAGAAGGCUGGCAAAGCAGAGCUGAACGUGUAG